ACCCAUACCCAACCCAUUAUCAAUGGGUCUACUUGGGUUUGGGUAUAAUUACCCAUGGGUUGGUAAUUUGCCAUCUCUAUGCAAGAUGCAUAUAUAUUCGACCUAUAGCAUGUUGAUGAAAGAUGCUAUAGACUGUAGUAUGUGGUAGGGGUGGUUAUUUGGUCUGCGUUUUUUGGUUUUAUCCGAAACCGAAUUAUAUAACUCGGAUUGAGACCGGAUAGCAAACAAUCCAACCUCAUCUUUGGUUUUAGAUUUGAGGUAAAAAAAAAACCGUUCGAGACCGGAUCGAAAACCAGAUAAAUCCAGGACCAACUCCUUACCCUUUCAGGCCUCACACCACUCAAAUCCCCACAAAAUCAAUCUAAAUUCAAGAUCGAAUUGCGACCGGACUGUAUCCAAUCCAAUUUUUGAUCCUUAUAUUCCUGAGACCGGAUCAAUUCCGCCCAAUUUAACCUGACCAGACUAUAUAGCCAUCCCUAGUAUGUUGAUGGAGUAUAUAUGAUUUCAAAUUUUUUCACAGUUCUUGAGAUUUUGUUUAAAGAUUCGGAGUUAUUUGAGAGAGGAGUGGGAGAUGGAGAGUUUUGAGUGAGAGUAGAGAGAGCAGAGAAUCAGAGAUAGUCGUGUUUUUGUUUCGUUAGAGAAUAGUGAGAGAGAGGUGUUGAGUGUCGAACAAUGUCAAACAUGGGUCAUCAUUUAAUGGAAGGUUUUACGUUUUAUGCCCCUUGGUGGCCUGGGAAUGCAAAUCGGACAACUAGUACUCAUAUGUAACAGACAGUAGUUGCUAGAUAGAUUAUGUAGGGUUAUGGAUAGUCACCGGACCAAAUUAGAAACUCUUUUAUAGGCUGAAUUACACGAUUCUAUCACUGAAAUUACACAAUUUUUUUAUGUUUGUCAUCUAAAUUACUUUUUUUUCUUAUUCGCUACUAACUUUACGAAUCGUUUCACCAUUACUCACCGGCCGUUAGUCUCCGUCAAAUUCCGUUAAAACCGUCAGUUUUUUUAACGUGACAAACUGAACUACUGAUUGAAUCGUUAACUUCAUGACAUGUCAAUUUAAAAAUUAAAAAUUAAUUAGUACCCCAUCCUCAUCUUCUAGCUCUGCACAUCGUGAACGACUUCAGCUGGGCUUCGUCGCUUUGACUAGUCAACGAUCUACCCAUCGGUUUCCGCUAUGCCGCAGGGUCCUAGUCUACGAGCAAUCUGUUCUAGUCAACUCCGCCGAUCCGGUCUCCGUUCCCAUCGUCGGUUCAAUCACCGUCGAUGAAACCCUGCCUAUGCUUUGAGGAUGAGGACCAAGAGGCGUUUGCCGCUUUGAGCUCCGUCCCAAACCCUCACUGGGCCAUCCAUGAGUAGAGGACCCUCGAUCUGAAGCUGAAGCCGCUCACUUCCCUCCCCAAAACCGUCACCGCUGGAUCUCCCGCCGCGGCUCGAAGCUCCAGCCCCAGACUUGGCGGCGAAUCUGGUUCCGAAAUUUUUUCUGCACAGAGACGGAGCUGCGUCAAUGACACCGUUUCGCGUGCCUCGACCUCCACGAAAACCGCCUCGAUGGCACCGUUUCGCAGAUCCCCAACUCCUCCAACCUCAAGCUCCUCUACCUCGCAGGGAACGACUUCUCCGGCGAGAUCCCUCCGUGGAUCUCCUCCCUCCACCGACUCCUCCGUUUAGCUUAUCGGAAAGCAACCUCGACGGUUUAAUCCCUUCCGAAAUUGUAAAUCUGACCUUUCGAAAUUGUAAAUCUGACCAAGCUAUUGACUCUUCGGUAACGCGCUCACCGGCCGAAUUUCGGACAUCUCCGGUUACAUCCCCGGAUUCAAAGAGUUGCAUCUGUCCAACCACGAGCUGUACGGAAGAGUCCCCGAUGGGUGUGCGGAGAAAUUGGUCCGACGAGGCUUCUUCGGGAACGAAGGGCUAUGCGGAUCCAGUCCGCUGAGUUCACUCCUCGUGUGUUCAUUUACAUAAUGGAGUUCUUAUUUUUUUUGUUUUUGUUUUUGGUGAGAUGGAGUUCUUAAAUUUAAUUAUUUAUAUUUUAUUCAUUCCAUGGGGAGAGAGAGGAUGAGGAUGGGUUCAAAUAGACAUGUCAUUAAGUUAACGGUUCCGUCAGCAGUUCUGUUUGCUACGUCAUCAAAAAACUGACGCUGUUAACGGAAGCUAACGAAGACUAACGGGUGAAUCGAUUCAUAAAGUUAGUGGCGUGUAAGAAAGAAAAACAAUUUAUGUUGCAAACAUGAAAAUUUAUGUAAUUUGAGUGACCAAGUGUGUAAUUUAGCCCUCUUUUAUAAGAAGCUUUUAAAAGAAAUCAACAAUAACAAGUUGAGGCUUGGAACUUGGAAGUGACCAUGCAAGAAUGACAUUGAAAGUAGGGAUGACAAUUACCCACCCAUGUGUAAUUUUAUUUAAACCCAAGUAGACCUAUUGAUUAUAGGUUAGGGUAUGAGUUAAGUAUAUAAUGGGUUUGGGGUUGUAGAUGAGUUAGGGUAGGAUUUGGAUUUUGCUUUCAUAAUCCAAAUGGGAGUGUUAUUAAAGCCGCCCCGAGCCGAUCGGUCGGACCGGUAAAAUCGGCACCUAGACGCCAGCCCGGUUUGGCACACCCCAAAAGCCGUAGCUGUCAGAAUUACCAGUUUUUGAGCGUUCAAAAUGGUUAACCAUUCGAGCCGCGCGAACCAUCCGAGCGGUUUUUGACUUCUGGCCGUCUGAAAGUAAGAAACAAAAUCGAAUGAAAAUUUAUUGAGUUCAGAUUCAAUGACUCGCGUUGAGUGGGUUGAUUUCUCAACCUUCUUCAACUUUACCUCCUUCCACGCUCCGAUCAGAACCCCAUCGACGUCUAAUCUCACCUUCGUCUAUCCUCCUUUCGCUUUUCUCUGGUUGUCUUCAGAGAGAAAGAAAAGAGGAAAGGUUAGCGAGUAAGAGUGAGAGAGGCAGAUCGAGAGUUUGAAAGACGUAACAGAUUGAGGAAGAGUGAGAUGAUUGUUAGGUUUUGUUUUUGUUAGUGUUUUUCGCAAGAAGAGGGGGGAAGAAAUUGGAACAGAGAGAGGGGGUGGGGUGAGCCGUGAGCGUCGCUGCUCAUAGAAGUGGGUUGGUGUAGGGUUUUGGAAUAGAGAGAGAGGGAGGUUGAUGGUGAGCGAUGCUGCUAAUAGAGGUGGGUGGGAGUAUAUGUGUUCUUUUUAGCUCCUUGGUACAACUUAACAACACAUUCAUCUUAUUUUUUCGAAAUUGGUUUGUAAAAAGAUGACGAUUAAUAACACCAUUUUUAUCAAUCGUUUUGAUCAUAAUCAAUUAGAUUAAGUAUGAGUUUAUUAGAAUUUUCUUGUAUUUUAAUUAUUUAUGAAACUUGUGUUGGUACAGCUUCAAAAAUUCAUCUAAGGAGCACUAUUUACAAAAAUAUUAUAACUAAAAAUGUAUGAAUUAGUUUUAAUACUAAAGUUUAUCAUCACAUUUACAAAUAUUGACUAAAAUUUAAAUUUAGAU